AGGCGGAUCGGAUCGGAUCGGAUCGGAUCGGAGCAGAUCUUACACGCACCUGCACCGGGAGCUGAAAAGCAGCUCUUUCGAGCUGCAGCUUCUGGAGACAGCUGAGCUUGAGUCCUGCGGGGUGACAGACGGGACGGGACCGGCUUCCUUUGUCCUGGCCGCGGCCCCGCGGAGAAGUUAGGUGAGGGUAGCCGUCCUGGGGUCCCGAUCACAGACUGGGACAGCGUCCUCGUCCCGAGCAGUCCCAGGCUGAGCGGGGCUCUCCCUGCAGCUGGGGCUGACCCUCCACCUAUCUCUCUUCAGGGUCCCCUAUUCCCACCCCUGCCCCGCCUCUCCCUCUGUCCCUGCGCCCAUGACGGAUCCCCUGAUGCUUCCCCUGAGCCACGGAGUUUCGGGGCUGCAGCCUCACCGCGUGGGGGCGGGGAAUCUACCUACCGGCCCCCACGUAUUCCGGACCCUAUCCCCCGCGGCCGACGGCUUCCCGCACCCCUAUGCUGGGCCGGGGCUUGAGAACGGUGACCUGCGCCUCCGGUCCAGCUCAGCGGUCCAGUUGGGACCCCAGCUGUCAGGGCCCGGGACUCUGCUGUACCCGGGUCAGCCCGGGCCCUUCCCGGGGCCCCCGCGGCCGCCGCAGCUCGCGGCCAGCUUGCACAGGCAGAAACUCCAUCCGUUCUACCAGGGCCACUCUACGGGGUGUGCCCUGGGACCGGGGACCCCGCGGUGCUGGCCAGGCCCUCUGGGCCCAGACCUGGCGCCCCCCGCGCUGACCUUGAGCUGUGUGGACGCCGAGCUCAUCGACGAGGAGACGCUGACUUCUCUGGAACAGGAGCUGGGGCUAGACCGGGUGCAAGAGUUGCCCGAGCUCUUCCUGGGCCAGAACGAAAUCGACUGCCUCUGGGACUUUGGGGGCAAACAGCAGGCAGGAGCCGUGAGCUGCUGAGGGGCCCAGGACUCUGGCCUUUCGAAUUUUUCCCAUGCCUUCUUCCCCUAGCCAGUCUAGCAGACAGUCAGGCCGAGCCCAAUUCCAAUCUCUUUAACAGCUUAGGAGCCUUGCCCCUGGAUCCCUUUUGGCUAGUAUCUGGAGUAAAGAGACUAAAGCUUGGAGGGAGGGGGUCAAGUUUGGGGAGGAGCUCCACCACCCUCAGAAUUUGCUGUCUGUGUCCCUGGGGUUUAAAAGGUCUGGGUUCAUGAUUGUGGAGGAGAUGCCAUGGUAUUUCGGAAUGCCUGUCUGACUCUCCAGUCUAUCCUUAUUUAAUGAUAGACAAGGGCACAGUCAGGAUUUGAACCCAGGUCUUCUGGCUCUAAGCUCUUUCCCACCACACCAGACUUCUUGACUGUGGGGGCUGUUUGCUGGGGGUGGGAGGGGAAUUACAGAUGCCUGCCUUUGUACCCUCCCGUGCUGAGCCAUUUUGGGCUAAGGGUCUCUACUAGACCUUUCCUUUCCACCUUCCCAGACUCCCUCCCACCUGGCUGAAACGACCACCCAGCACUUGGCAAGGUGGACCCCUAUACUUAUCUCAGGGGCAUGGGCAGGGUGUGCCUGGGUCACUGCCAUAGUUGGACUUUUUCUGCAAGCCACUGGCUCUUUGGGGGAAUUCCCCAACUCGUGGGUGACUAACUGGCUUAAGGUCACUGCCCUCUUUCUCUGCCUUGCAAGCCAAAAUAAAUAUUUCCUUUUGG